AUGACGAAGAAGCGGCGUAAUGGAGGGCGCAACAAGCACGGCCGCGGUCACGUCAAGCGCGUGCGCUGCGAGGCCUCGGGCGUGAUGGUGCCCAAGGACAAGGCCAUCAAGCGCUUCGUGGUGCGCAACAUCGUGGACGCCAGCGCCAUCCGCGAUAUCCAGGAGGCCUCGGUGUUCGACGGCUACGUCCUGCCCAAGAUCUACCGCAAGGUCUACUACUGCGUCGGCGCCGCCAUCCACUCCAAGGUGGUGCGCGUGCGCAGCCGCAAGGACCGCCGCAACCGCGAGCCCCCGAAGAGGUUCAGGGGCCCCCGCGAGGGCGACAAGCCGGCGCCCAAGCCCUGA